UCAAAUCAGUUGUAAGUUUUGAUCUCCCGUGAAGGUGGGGUUUUCUACUGCAUCACAUGCACUUGAUGCUGCUGCCGCUCUCAGCGCCGAGGCUGUUGUCCUGAAACCAGACGGACAUCAGGAGCAGGAAGCUGCAGAAAGACGCAGCCAGCGUUUUGCGACAUUUUCACUCUUACUUUGAAAAGCAGCGAAUUGCCCAGAAAGAUGCGUUCAACGCACAGGUGAAAGAACGUCGAACUUCUGCACAGCUGCAACUUUCUUUUAAUUUCAUUUCUCGUGGAUUUGGUUGAUGUUUUCUUUGAGAUUGUAGUUUGAAAUAACCGAGAGAGAGACACCGCAGUUGUUGAAAUCUUUUUUUUUUUUUUUUUUUUUUUUUUGGGGGGGGGGGGGGAAGCGAUGUCUCGCAAGAAGGCAGCCAAAGGCAAAGCCCCUAACAGCAGCCCGUCAGCUGGCAGCCCAGGCGGGAAAGGCGUCGGGAAAGCUGCCAGGAGCAGCCCGAGCAUUGUUCAGAUGAACGGCGUGGUGCAUCCCAGCAGACCCUCCAUCAGCAGCAGCAACGAGUUUUAUGACAUCGCUUUCAAGGUUAUGCUUGUCGGUGACUCUGGAGUUGGGAAAACCUGCCUGCUGGUCCGUUUCAAAGACGGGGCUUUCCUUGCCGGCAGCUUCAUCUCCACAGUGGGAAUCGACUUUCGGAACAAAGUGCUGACCAUUGAUGGAGUCAAGGUGAAGCUGCAGAUCUGGGACACAGCUGGACAGGAGCGCUUCCGCAGUGUCACCCAUGCCUACUAUCGGGAUGCUCAUGCUCUGCUCUUGCUGUAUGACGUCACCAACAGAUCGUCUUUUGACAAUAUACGGGCAUGGCUGACUGAGAUCCAUGAAUAUGCCCAACAAGACGUGGUGCUGAUGCUGCUUGGAAACAAGGCUGAUGCCACUCAUAACCGGGUGGUGAAGAGAGAAGAUGGCGAGAAGCUCGCUAAGGAGUUUGGGGUUCCCUUUAUGGAGACCAGCGCCAGGUCAGGACUGAAUGUAGAGCUGGCUUUCACUGCUGUGGCCAAGGAGCUGAAGCAUAGGUUCAUGAAGGAUCCCAGUGAAAGGUUUAAGCUGCAUGAGUACGUGAACAAGGAGAUGAAGGGCGCCGGCUGCUGCAGGACCUGAACGGCUGAAAAUGUGCGUCCAUGCGCCAAUUAACGGUCAUUUUAAUGUUGGAAAUCAUUUCUGGACUUACGGAGGACACUGAUUUGUCUCCACAGUUGUAAAAUUUUCCUGACAUUAAGUUUCUCUUGUUUUAACCCUUUCACAUUCUUCUAUUCACCUAAUUGUUUCUUUAGCUAUUAUCAGCGCAUGCUGAUAAUGUCUUAUUGAACACAUAAGACAGAACAGCUCAAUUAGAUCCAUGUUAAAAAUGAACAUUCUUACUUCUCAAGGCAGCUGUACAGUCUCUGACUAAUUAUUUUUGUUCAAAUUAAUUUAUUCACAACAUGAUUCUUUUUUUUUUCCUUUUGUGAAGAUGCUUAGUUGCAAGGUAGCUUAUUUCCCACAUGUCCUCAU